UUUCUUCUUUUCUGCUCUCACAUUCACUUAUAAAACACACGUUUUCUUAAAACUUCUUGCUUUUAAUAAUUGUUGUCUAAACAAUUUGAAUUUUUUAUUAAAAUCAAGGAACAGCUGUUAAUAGCAUGCCCUUGGUAACGCCCGACAUUUCUCCCUCUUUACACGAGCUAAUUGAUUUCUAUAAGGAUUUGCAAAAACAAUUAGAAGAUUGUCCAGAUUCCGUUGCUCCCGCAGAACGCAAACAAGAAAUAAUGAACUUAUUACAUGAAUUUAAUGAUGUUAAAGAUGCUGCCCAAAUCGUUAUAGGCAAAUUGGCCAAUAUGCAGGGUAAAACUAUAAAAGAAUUGCAUUUGGAGUAUAACUUACCCUUAAAUGAAUAAAAUAUUAAAU